UCAAGCACAAUCUGGGACAACCCCUGCGAAGAAUCAUCGAGAGGCUUUCCCACAGUUGCGUGCACAUAUUGAUCCAACUGGAGAGAGCAACUGCGAAUAUGGAUAGAUGGAUGAAACUCUUCGGGUUCGUCUUCGUGGCGAUCAUAGCUUUGAAGAUCACAAACGCACAGAACUCCAGCGAGUCUACCUCUCUAGAAUCUCCUCGUCCAGACCCAAGAUGCACAGCUAGAUGUACUGGAGGUCCUCACGACAAGUGCACCCUCUGUGGUACAGUGUGCCCACUCACCUGCGCCAGACCAGAACCUGGCUUUUGCACAAAACAAUGCGCCGUCAACGUCUGCCGCUGUGAGGAAGGUUACGUUCGCAAUGCCAAUGGACAGUGCGUCAGGCCCAGCCAAUGUCCAAGGAGGGACCCAAGGUGCACUCGCAGAUGCACGGGGGGGCCUCAUGAUAGGUGCACCCUCUGCGGUAGCGCGUGCCCGCUUACUUGCGCCAGACCUAAUCCCGGAAUUUGCACUUUGCAAUGCAUAGUGAACACCUGCGAAUGUGAGAGAGGUUACGUUCGCAAUGCUGAAGGACAAUGCGUCAGGCCCAACCAGUGUCCAGCUAACAGGGAACCUACUGAAUGUACUCGCAGAUGCACUGGUGGUCCUUAUGACAGGUGCACCCUCUGCGGUAGCGCGUGUCCACUUAGUUGUGACAGACCAAAUCCUAGGAUUUGCACUUUGCAAUGCUUAGUGAACGUCUGCGAAUGUGAGAGAGGCUACCUUCGCAAUGCAGAAGGACAGUGCGUCCAGCCUGACCAGUGUCCACCUUCCACAUAACUGUCCACUCACUUGCGACAGGCCUCAUCUGGAGUUUGCACUGAGCAGUAUCUCGUCAACUUCUGUGAAUACGAAAACGAAUAUGUUCGAGGGCUUAAUGGACAGUGCAGGCGUGAAGGUCGAUGCCCGAGGAAUCGCCAGGAGUGCAAACUCAAUGUUUCUAAAAAAUAUUCAGUUAAAAUGCAUUUUUCUAUUCUUUUUAUCGUCGCUCAACUUUCUGCUUUUCUAUCGUUUUAGCGAAACGAUGAAAAAAUUAUUAUUGUUAUCUCUCGUUAAAGAAAAUAAAGACGGGCUCCCCUGAUAUCGGUUAUCUAUACGAGUUUUUGUGUCAAUAAACAGUGAUAUUUUUCCAUUCUCGGAGAA